GACAUUUUUAAUCUUUAUUUUCUAUGUUGUUUUUGAAAUAUUUAUUUAUUUUUUCGACAAGGUUAAAUUUCUAUAGCUUAGUUUUGUUGAUUAUCCUAGUAUAUAUUACUACUGUAUGUUUAAGAAACAUAUGAACCUCUUUAUUCAUUGUUUGUGAAAAAAAGAUUUAACUCGCUUGUUGGGAAUACUGAAGCGCUAAAUUGAUAGUGAUGAAAUGCUUUCUAAUUUAGCUUGUAAUUUGGACUGAGUGGUUGAGGAUUACGUAUUAUGUGUUAUUGAAACAAUAAUAUUAGAGUUUUCCUGUUUGUAUAGAUAACCCCGUCGUUUUGUAUCGUAUGAUAACUUGUAAGGUUCAAUUAUGGCAGUGAACUGUUCGUGCUAACAGAAGACUUGAAUAGUCGUUAUGUUGUACGUAGUGUGUUUAGCGUGCAUCCUUAUAAAUUAUGUUAAUGCAGAACAUACAGUGCGAUGUAACAACGACACGAAUCCAAGUGGGAACUAUGUGACUUUGGAGCCUUCCCGCGACGGCGUCGGAGGUCGAUAUGUGUUGCAAUGGUGCACAGCAGUAGUCCCAAACGUAAUUGCCUGGGAGUUCCACAUCGGUUACAAUACCUCGUGCAAGCCUGAUCUAUGUAGACAUUACAAUUAUACUGAUGAUAAAAGGUUUCAGCCUCACUCUCGCUUUGAGGAAAAUACUAAUAUAAAUUUAAAUUGUUCUCAUGUGUGCUUGUCAACAAUAGUUGAUUUAAUAUUCGAAGCGUGCUACCACAUUAAGAACCAGCUUCAUAAAGACGUGGGGAGAAUCGCGAGCUAUGACCAGUUGAUAUACAUAACAAAUAACUUCACAAACAUCACUACUCUGAAGACAACUAAACCCCACACCAAGUUAUUAUAUGAUGAUGAUUAUGUGACGGUGAUGUGGGCGAUGGGCCCCGUGCCCGCUAACAACUUCACUGUAGUGCUGUACAAUAACUCUGCCUCUGAGAGCGGGGGUGCGGGGGGCUUCGAGCGCGCGGUGCAGCAGCUGCAGCAGUACGUGCGCGACAACCCGCACUACCUCGAGGAUGAGCUGCUCUUCCUGUGA